AUGCGGCAAAGGAGAUUAACUCCGCUACUAGUAUGGUCGCUCGGCGCGCUGCUCCUCGCGUCGCUUGCACUUCCACUCACACAGGCUUCCGUUUCCGCCACAACGUCCGUGAAACCAACCGGUGUCGGCACGACCACCGGCGGCACAACCGGCGCCGUCGCAGCCGGCGGGGACGGCGGCGAUGCGGGGGAUGACGUCAUCAGCGGAAGCUACACCCCGCCGCCCAAGUGCCCGGCGGGGGAUGCGACGUGCGCGGGGGGGGCGGGGGCGGCGGCGGACCCCGACUCGCCGCCGGCCGUGGCGGAGUGCCCCACGGGGGAACGACGGUGCUCCAACGGAGCGUGCGUUAAGAUCGGCAUGCUCUGCACGCUCUCCCUGCAGUGCACGGCGGGCCAGUUCCGCUGCCACGACAGCAGCGGGUGCGUGCCGGACUCGGCGGUGUGCGACGGGCAGGAGGACUGCAACGACGGGUCGGACGAGUCGGGCGACGACUGCGAGCUGAUUAGCGGCUGCUUGGCGCAGGGGCUGGCCGCCUGCCCCGCAGACGCGCAGUGCAUUGGUCUUCGGAAGUUCUGCGACGGCGUGAAUGACUGCAAGAGCGGGUCGGAGGAGGGCGAGGACUUCUGCUCCACUUACAGGUGUCCACGUGGCACCUUCAAGUGCCCCUCCUCGCCGCUCAUCUGCCGCCCAGGCGCCAUGUGCGACGGCAAGAACCACUGCCCUGUAACGAAUCCCGACCUGUCUUAUACAGAGGAUGAAGACCCAGUGAUGUGCAGCAGCUUCACCCGGCCUAUAGACCCCCGCACAGGGCUUCCCACCAGCGGUGCCACCGUCACCCAGGUGGGAGACCUACUCGGCCCAGGCAAGAAAGGCAAGAGCGGAGGGAGUGGUGGAGGGACGGGUGGUGGGAAGAGUGGCAGGAGUGGUGAUGGGAAGGGGAGUGGUGGUGGGAAGGGGAGUGGUGGUGGUAAGGGAAGUGGUGGUGGGAAGGGGAGUGGAGGUGGAAAGGGUAAAGGGAGUGGAGGAAGUGGGGAUAAUGGAGGGAGUGGGAAGGGGAGUAAGGUAGAUGCAUCAGGGGAGGUGAAGAAGCAGGCAGACAAGGUGAAAGCAGCAGCGGACAAGGUCAAGCAAAAAGUGAAACCAACGGGAAUCGUUGUGCCUAAGCGCGGGGGCGGAAAUUAA